AUGAAACUUGAUGAUUUAGAAGAAUCAUCAGAGGAAACAACACAUCAACUUACCUUUUUCCGAUCUCUUUUUGGUUGGGUAGGUCUUGACACUCGAAUGCGUAUGAAAUCAGCUUUUGUUAUUUGGUUUUCAUUCUGUUCACUCGCAUUAAUUUUUGCAAACAUUCAAGAUUCAAUAUCAGUUAUCUCUACAAAUAAAUCAGCAAAUUCUACUCUCGAUUCUUUUAAUUCAUCGCUAUAUCUAAACGCAUCAAAUCGAACAAUUUAUACUAGCAUUAAAUCAAACAAAACACAAGAAUUAUUCAAACAAAUAUUUACAAACGCAGAAGGUUCGAGAUAUUUCUUUGAUUCAGACGUAAUUCGUCUAGAUCUUUUUGAUUCAGUUGUCGUACCAAAAUUUAAUGUAAAUGGCGAUUAUUCCAAGAUCAAUACUUCAUACUUCCAGUUUAAUAUUAAAGAAUACGACUAUUUAAAUAGUAUUUUACGAGUUUUUGGUUCAAAUUAUAGUCAAAUCAAUUUUUCUACAGCAUCUGGCACUUUUUCCAGAGCCGAAUCAUUGGAAUCAUUCAAAUUUUUGUGGAGUAAUUGGUAUUUCACGGAAAUUUUCUUAUUUUUAAUCAUUGCCCAUUAUUAUCCACUUACUCGAUGGAUGCACUCACGAGCAUUGAUUCUACUUAACGUUGCUGGUGUCGGCGACAAGAUUAUUUGGUUGGGAUUCACUCUUACUGACUUAUUUUAG